AUGCCGCUCGCUCAGUCCAAGAACACCGUUGGUCUCGGAAGGGCCAUCCUCAACCGCAGAGCAAAGGAGGCCAAGCAGCGCAACCAGACCGAAUUCCACACCACCGACAUUAACAACUAUGGCUCCGUCUCGAAUCUCCGCUCCGUCACUCACGAAGGUGACCUCGAGGAGUUCCUCAACACUGCCUCUCUGGCAGACGCCGACUUCACUGCAGAGCGAAGGAACGGCGGUGUCACCGUCAUCACUGCCCCCAAUCGCGAACGCACCCGCCACAACCCAUACUUGCUCACCGGCCAGGAGGAGCAGGAGGUGCUCAAGAAGCACGUUCAGAACAAGGAGCGUCUCCGUGUACCGAGGCGACCCGAAUGGACCAGUGCUACCACACGUGCUCAGCUCGAGCGAGCCGAAAAGGACGGUUUCCUCGAUUGGAGGCGCGGUCUGGCCGAGCUCCAGGAAGGUGUCGGAUUGGUGCUGACGCCUUUCGAGAGGAAUCUGGAGGUGUGGCGUCAGCUGUGGCGUGUCAUCGAGCGAAGUCACCUCGUCGUUCAGAUCGUUGACGCAAGGAAUCCGCUUCGCUUCCGUUGCGAGGAUCUCGAGAAGUACGUCUCGAGUCUUGGCAUUGGCUCGACCAACGGCAUCGAGUAUCUGGAGGAGGGUUCGACACAGAAGGGCCCAAGGAGAAAUCUGCUGCUCAUCAACAAGGCCGAUCUGCUUGACGACCAGCAGAGGAGGUAUUGGGCUGACUACUUCGAUGCGCAAGGCAUUCAAUAUGCUUUCUUCAGUGCAGCCAAUGCUGCUGCCAUCCAGCUCGCCCGAGCGGAGGAAGAGGAGAGGCUGCGUCUGGAGCAGCUCAAGCUCGCAGAGCCACGCACCGAGGAUGACGACGACGAGGAGUACAGUGACGAAGACGAGGAGGAUGACGAGGACGAGGACGACGAAGUGAAGGCCGCGUCUGCUGCGGUCAGUCAAGGCGCGAAAGACGCCCAGCCUCUGGUAGGUCAAGAAGCAAGUGACCGGGUGCUCGAUCACUCUCAGGCCGCUGUUCGUGACAACUUGGUCGCCGAGAAGGCUUACGGACAAGACGAUGCAGUCGACGCUGCUACCGCUACCGCUGCCACGACCCUCUCUGCUACUCGCGACCCAACUCGCGUGCUCAACGUCCUCGAACUCGAAGAGCUCUUCAUGGCAUGCGCACCACCUCUCGACGAUUUCGCCAUCGACGGCCAGCCCGCACCUUCCAAGCUCGUCGUCGGUCUCGUGGGGUACCCCAAUGUCGGUAAAUCAUCCACCAUCAACGCGCUGCUCGGCGAGAAGAAGGUCUCGGUCUCCUCCACUCCUGGUAAGACCAAGCACUUCCAGACGAUCCACCUCUCGCCCACCACUGUGCUGUGCGAUUGCCCCGGUCUCGUCUUCCCACAAUUCGCCACGACCUCGGCAGAAUUGGUCUGCGACGGUGUGCUGCCCAUCGACCAGAUGAGAGAGUACACUGCUCCCGCCGAGCUUGUCGCCAAGCGUAUUCCCAAGGACAUCGUCGAGGGCACGUACGGCAUCCGAAUCGAGACGCUCACGGAAGAAGAAGGCGGCAAUGGCGUACCUACCGGUCUCGAGAUGCUCACCGCCUACGCUGUGGCCCGAGGCUACACGCGUCAGGGCCAGGGCAACCCAGACGAGUCACGGGCGGUCCGUUACGUGCUCAAGGACUAUGUCAACGCCAAGCUGCUCUACGGCAACCCGCCACCUGGCGUCGACGCCGACACUUACAACGCGGCCCAGCGCGAGCGUGCACGCGCGGCCCUCGCCGGUCGCAAAUACGAUCCCUCCACCGCGCACCUCGCCGAACACGAGGCUGCCGACGGCGACUUCGACGACCUCGAUGCAGACCUGCAGGCGGAACUCGCAGAAUUGACACGAAGCAGAGGGUCAGGUGUCCCGCGGCAGUCGGCGAAGUCGAAAGCUCUUGAUUCGGCAUUCUUCGACACCAUGGCUUCGUCCAAGCCGACCAUCGUGGGCAGGACAGGGUUGCCGACCGCCGCGAUUCAGGGCAGGAUCGCCAACGACGGCUCGGUGAUCAAGAUCGGCAGUGGGCAGCAGGGUCAGGCGGGAAGUAAGAAGCAUAACAAGGCGAACAAGCGCAAGAAGCAGCGCUCCGGGGCCGGGUUCGACUGA